AUGGGGGACAACAUAUUCAAUUGGGACGAUAUUGAGCUUUCAGGCAUUCUAGAUAACUAUAGUUAUUCCUUGAAUGAUACUACAGAUUACCUAGAUGGACUUACAGAAACUUGCAAACUACAGCAUACAACAGUUACAAUGAAAUAUAUUGUAGCAUUUAUCUAUUUUCUAGUCUGCAUUUUGAGCCUGCUGGGCAACUCCUUGGUGAUUCUGGUGGUGAGCUACAGCAAAGGAAAUCAUUCUGUUACUGAUGUUUAUCUCCUGAACCUGGCUAUUGCCGACCUUCUCUUUGCAGUCACCUUGCCCAUCUGGGCUGUGUAUCGAGCUCAUGAGUGGAUCUUUGGCACCUUCAUGUGCAAAAUCACCUCAGUCCUGAAGGAAGUCAACUUCUACAGCGGUGUUCUCCUAUUGGCCUUUAUCAGCUUUGAUCGUUAUUUGGCAAUCGUUUAUGCUACUCGGGCAGCCACUCAGAAGAGGCACUGGGUCAAAUUUGUUUGCAUCAGCAUUUGGCUCUUUGCCUUCCUCUUCUCACUUCCUGUGAUCCGCUUCCGGGAAGUUUUUACAGUCUCAAAUUUCUCUAACAGAUUUUGUUAUGAGAACAUUGGUGGGAAUCAAACAACUGAAUGGAGGAUAGUACUGAGAAUUUUACCUCAGGUGUUUGGUUUUCUCCUCCCCUUGACUAUCAUGAUGAUUUGCUAUGGAAUAACAAUGCACAGACUCUACCAGAUGAAGAACAAGCAAAAGAAGAAGGCAAUGAAAGUAAUCUUGGUUGUAGUGCUGGUCUUCGUGAUCUGUUGGCUGCCUUAUAACAUCACCCUUCUUUUUGAUACUUUGUUGAGGCUUCACUACAUUAAGGAGACCUGCUCAGUUCGAGACAGAAUUGAUGACGCUUUGUCAGGUACUGAGAUUUUGGGAGUUGCUCACUGCUGUAUCAACCCCAUCAUAUAUGCCUUUAUAGGACAGAAAUUCCGGAACAACUUCCUCAAGAUCUUGGUCUCACGUGGUAUCAUCAGCAAAGAGACCCUGAAUCGAUAUAGGUUAGGAUCCACCUAUUCAACUUCUGUUAACACUUCAACUACCCUGAAAUAA